GCCUUGGUAGUCUGGCUCACUUCUCCGAGGACUCUGGCGAGUCGUCUAAUCAGGAAGACGACUACGAGAGCGAGGGUGACCAGAGUGACAAUAACGACGCAGAUGACAUGAACUACAUUGACGAACAGCUGGAGCGAUGUAAUACAUCAGGUACCCAUGGCCAGCGGACACUCCAGGCUCCUCAGACCAUGCAGUGGGCCAUCAGACAAAGGGAGGCAACCACAGCCCGACCUCCCCCGGCCACUGGUACUACUACAAAUACAGGAGGCAGUGGAGGUCUUAUCUAUAUUGACCCAUCAACACUUCGAAGGACGACUACCGUCACUACGACAACCCCAGCAGUGCAAGAUACAGCUGUCACCAUGACAACCACGGCCAGCCAAUUGGCACGUGCAUUUGGGAUCGUGGUGCGACAGAUUGCAGACUUGUUGACAAUGUUGCAAGACUAUCACGCGUUGGCACCCAGUCUGCCACGUGUACUUGAUAUCACUGAUCAGGACUCUAUAGACCUCCAG